GAUUGUGUCUCCGCCGACUUGGUUCGCGUUUUUCGAUAGAUUAUGAUUUCUAAGAGGAAAAAACAUAAAAACGUUCUAGCGCAUCACGAGCACGUGUGGUGCUUAUUGCUCGUCAGUGGUGGGAGUGUUUGCGACGGCGACAGCGACGAAGCCUCCGAUAAGAUUAAAACAAAAUGCACGCGUCGGAGGCGGAGGCGACGGCAACGAGGCAAGUCGUUGUCUAACGUCUUCGUCAUAGCUUGCACGACGUUCGCGAAUUCCACUGUCUCAUGUCGACCGACGGGCACGUGGAACAGCAACUGAAAUUGCAGCACCAUGGCCGGCUGGAGGAGCUGCAGCAAGAACCGCGCCGGCCUCCACCGCGAUACAGUAUAGACCCCGCGUGGACAUACCGCGCGCUCACCUUACUUGACGUGUUCCUCCAUGUGUUCGUCGUAUCCACCUUUGUCAUAGGGAUAUGGCGCGCCUCGUACCAGCUGUUCGUACUGUACCACAAAGAGAUGAACCCUUGGUUGGCCACUAGUGCAUCCGUUGCCGUACAAUUGUUGCUAUCAAUAUUGAGUGAUCCCUUAGUAAAGUAUUUCAAAAGAAGAAACCAUUCAAAAAUUGCAUUUUGGGUGAUUUCUAGAAUAUAUAUAUACGCAAGAUUCGUGAUUGGCAUGAUUAUGUAUGUAUACCAGGAGUGGUUGCUUGAGGUAACAUUAAAUCAUGUACAUAUAGCUGUAAAACCUAGCAUUGUUCUUACAAUUGCCAUUGGUAUAUUAUGCUCAGUUCGCAUGUUGGCCACAAUCAUGGGGCCACCUACCUGUGGCCUCGAAUUUGAUCCCAAACCCGAAGAAAUAUUUCAAUUUGAAAGAAUGUUUUGGCCCGAGGAUGGUACUGGAUCAUGGCUGUAUGUAUUGGAUAGCUUUUUCAGCGUUUGUAUUAUCGGAUCAUUGGUAGUUAUCAUUUGGCGAGGUGUUUGGAGUCUAAUGGACGAUUAUUUAUACCCGGAUGAUGGUAACACAUCUGCAAUCCUAUCAUUGGUUUUAGGGUAUAGUGUUGUACUACUUGCGUUUGCAUUACAACCGGCUGUAAAAAAAUUGGUUAACAAAGUUAACGGUUUGAAACGAAUAUUGUACGUGGAUGUAUACCUACUAUUCUCAUUUUUUGGUGCUGUAAACGUGUGGAGAGGAGUAUGGACUAUGCUGGACAUUCACUUCAUACCAGAUGCGCCUAUUACCAGUUAUUGGGUAUCUCAUAUUGCAUGUUUUGGCUUCCUAGUAUUAUUAAACUCUUCCAACUCCAUAUUAGUCCGUGGUGUUUACAUAGACGCUGAAGAAGACGGUACACAAUGUGUUGAUUUUCCGUGUUAUUAUGUACGGCUCUUAGUUCAGAAGAGAAAACGGAAAAAACAAAUACGCAACAACGAAGAAAGUAAAGAAAUGACGCAAAUUAAAAUUGGCAAGGAAGAAAAAUCAGAGGAUUUAAAUGAGAAAAUAUUACUGACUAGUGAAAAUGGUGACAUAACUAUGUUAAAUGGAGUAGAAGAAACACCUAACAACAGUAGUAAAAUCGUUUGACAUUACAAUAACCAACAUUAAGGUUUGUACUUUUGGAUCUUAGAAGGUAUCGUUUUCAAAACACACCAAAUCCAUUGUGUUCGUUCAAAUUAAAAUAUUUUUUUUUGUAUUGAAACAAUAAUUAUUAUUUAUAAUCAUGUAAAUACAUUUAUCUCGUUUCAUUUGUAUUGUUUUUUUUUUUAGUUGUGAAAUGUCAUAGAUUAUUUAGUUUUCGUGUAAACCAAUGUGUUAAUAUUACACACAGACAUUAAAUUAUACGUUUUGUAAAUAGUACAAUACUAGUAUAUUACAUUAUAUUCGUAGUUGAUAAUUCAAUAAAAUGUAUUGAAUUUACAGAUGCUAUUAGUUUGUUAAAUGUGUACCCUUAUUAUUUUUUUUAUGAUUUCAAAUGUUAUGAGGAAAGUAUAUUAUAUUUUACUUUUGUUUCAAUAUUACAAAAAUAUUAAUUAUCUAGUAAAUUAACUAAUUGAUUAGAAGAUAUAACUAUUUGAAGUCUAU